UAUGUACAGUAUGUGUGUGUAAGAGAGCAUAGAGCAAUGAAAUAAUUUCUCAACUCAAACUGUCUGUGAUAUUAAUCAGACAGUCAAAACACACGGAGGGUGUGAAACUUCAGAGAGGGAGGGAAAAAAAGAGCGAGACUGAGAGAGAGAGAGAGAGAGAGAGAGAGAGGUUCGGCCGAGAGCUGACAGGUGUUCUUGUUUUUCUUGUUCCUGCAUUUCUCUAUGAGGCGUAAACAGAAGAUGUGAUACUGAAGCAUGUCUGCUCAUACGAUGAAUCCGCCACUGGCUGUUCCCGGGAUGAAUUCUUUAUCCAGAGGUUUGUCUGCAGAGGGCCAGCCUGCUCAUAUACAAGUGAAUGGGAAGGGAAGAAUUAGACAACUAGAGCAUGAUGUGGAAGUGCUAAAUCACUGCUUUUCUGAUGUGGAGCGCUUCAUGGCCCGUCUGCAGCAGGCAGCCGAUGCUCAGCGCAUUCUGGAGCAAAACAUGAAGAGAAAAAAGAGCAGCAAGAAGAAGAAGCAGGGUUAUGAUGUCAUGAUGACAGAAAAAGUAGGCGCUCCUUCCGAACAAGAGUUCGUGGACAUUUUUCAGAAGAUUAAAUACUCAUUCAGUUUGCUGGACUCUUUAAAGGCAGACAUAGUAGAUCCAAACUCAGUGGAGCUUCUCCAUCACCUCUUCGUUCCUCUCGACCUGAUGGUUAAAACUACAGGUGGUCCUGGCUUGGCAGCCGGUGUGUCCAGUCCUGCACUGACCAGUGGAGCCAUCGCUCUACUGCAGCAGAAUCUCACACAGGAGGAACGAGAGUUGUGGAGUUCUCUUGGCCCUAACUGGACGCAGGCAAAUUCACAGCAUGCCAAUUCAGCAUCCCGGUAUACUCCAGUUUUUCUGGAUGGUUGGAAGCCUAAUGCAAAUGGGCAUUUUUUUGAAGAUCAAAUCGACUCACCAAACAAAAAAGAGGCCCUGCUGGAACGUCAACAGUCAGCAUACAGCCAGCCCUCAUCACCUCUCCAGCUCACAGAUGAAAGUGAGGAAAUUCCACUUCCUGGCCUUUACUGCUGCAGUUAUGACUUUGUGGCCCGAAACAGCAGUGAGCUUUCAGUACUACAUGGAGAAAACCUUCAGGUGUUGGAUUCGUCAAAGCGGUGGUGGAAGUGCAGGAACAAGUAUGAAGAGAUUGGAUUUGUUCCGUCGAAUAUCCUGGAGCCUGUCGACCAGACAGAGCUAGACAGCAGUGUGGUAAAUCACAAGUCGCCUCCGAAAGUCGCUUUGUCACCCACGGGACUUGGACGCUUUUCAUAUACAGGACCCAAUUUUUCCGGAGGAGACUACUCCCAGGAUUCAGGCACAAAUCCAGUAAUGCUUGUGAAUAAUGAGCUUGCACAGCGGCUGGCUCUUGGGAGAGAGGCAUCAUUCCGACCUCUAGUUAUCAACAAGGCCAACGACACUACUGUACCUCUAAACUACCACUCACCUCCAGCCGAGGUACAUGAAUGGCUGAGAGCCAAAGGCUUCCAUGAUGAAACAGCAAACAGUUUGGGGGUUCUCACUGGAGCUCAGCUGUUCUCUCUGAGUAGGGACGAGCUGUGCAAGGUUUCUCCUCAUGAGGGAGCCAGAGUUUACAGCCAGAUCAUGGUGCAAAAAAUUCCGCUGGAGACUGGAAGAAAAGUAACUGAGCUGGAGACUGUAAUGAGGAAACAAAAGAUGAAAGUGGAUCCCAGUAUGGAGGCUGGAGAACUUUAAUACACCAUGCACGCACACACACACACACACACACACACACACACACGCACACAAACACGCACACAAUCACAAUCAUCAUGUAUUUGUGUUAGAAUGCACAAAAUGGGUUUAUGGGUAAGCGUAUGUCUGGUUAAAAUCUACAAACACACACACACACACACACAUACUCACACACACAGGCUGGGCCAGGCAGCAAGAGCUUGUUAAAUUAAUUAAAGUAUACCUUAAUUAACAGUAAUCUACUCUUAUCAACUGUCUUUCAGUAAACAAGACAGAGCACUGAACACAAUUACCUUCUCUCAAUGAUGUAAUAAAUAAAUAAAUGUUCACAUAUU